CUUUAUUAUAUUUAACCUGCUUUAUGCUCGUCCCCGAUGAGCGGAUGAGGGAGGCGAUUUCGGCUCUCCAGGAAACAACGGUAUUGAUUUCCGCGCGCACCCAGUCCCUCCAUCUCGACCUCGCGCGCAGCAAGCGCGCAUUGAAAGAGAAGCAGCGGCUAAUAUGCGAACUGCAAGAGAAGCUCCGCCUCACACACGUUCUCCUACAACUGUUGGCGCGUCGGAAGGCCGUGGAGGUCGAGUUGGACGUGCUGGAGAAACGGGUGUCCGCUACAGCGCAUCACAUUGAUACCUGGCAUCAGCGCGUCGUGUUUGCUGAGGAGGACUGCGCGCAGUGGGAAUCUUUGUGCGAAGACGCGCAUCGUCACCACGAGGAGCUGAAAAGGGAUAUGCUGUGCUUGAGGGAGAUGUAUUAGGCGGCGCGCGAGACGCGGCGACGUGGAGCAGGGAACUAUCUAUUUGUUGUGAGGGUCAUAUUGUUAUCCCCUUUGCUUUCCAAACCUUGCUGUCUGUACAAAUUGGUUUCACAAAGAGUUCGUUGACUACUUUCACGAUACAGAUGGCAGGAGCUAUUGAUACAGCACAAGAGGCGGGCCGUUCAUACCGGACUGAGGGAUGGCUGCCUUGAAACGAGAGUUGAGGCUUGUGUCGAGGCCAAGCUCUGCAUCUCCUUUUCUCGCGACCGGCGCUUUGCCGCCCGAGGGUUCAAUAUCAGCGCUGCGACGAUGACCAGUCCGUCCAUCACCUAGCAGGUAUCAAGACCACAUCUAUGUACUGACGCUUUCGGACACUCACCACGACAACCGAAUACGUGAUCCCAGCAACGACAUCGAAUCCGCCCUUGAAGACAAGCGAAAGGUCGGAGAAGAUGCCUGCCAGCAAUUCGUCAGUCGCCAGUGAACCCAUUUACGCUGCGCACCUCCAAGCAUAUCCACCGCCAUGAACACCAACGAGAUCCCGACGACCUCCUGCAUCCGAUAGAUCACCACAUAUUGUGGUAUCAACGCUCCGGCAAUGAUCACAGAACUGCAGAUGCCCAAGAAUCGGACCCCCGCUUCCACCCCCGGGUGAGCACCGGUUCGCAGGUGCUCUUGGUAUAUCGGCCGGACUGUGCAGACGACAGCAGCUUCGAAUCCUCCGCACAAGAGCAUGGCUAGCAGAGCCAAUGCACAGGAUGUCCUGACGGACUUUUUCGCGCCAUAGUAAAGGCACUGCACGCGGAUUGAGUUCGUGAGGCAAGAAGAUCGAAGCGACCACGCACCUGUCCCCACGAGACGAAAGAAAGGAAUCCAAAGAGUUGCGGCUGCAGAAUGAGUGGGAUGUUGAGGUUUUGUAUGAGACCGUAUGCGCCGAGAAAUGGAGAAGCAGUGCCCCAGAGUACCCAUCCGUCGACUUUUCUCGCCAGCUCUUCCACACCUGGGGUAGGAUCUGCGCGGUCCAGCACACCGUGCCUACGAUCAUCUUGAACUCCCGCCGUCCAUCCAAUCAUCCGACAGCCCAUACCUAUUGUACCGAGUGCAUUUUCAGCUGCCGCGUUCACUGGCAUUGGGAAGGAUGAAAAACGCAAGUGGUGCGAUCAUCGUAAGUACGCCGUGCGGAAGUUCCUUCAUGCGGAUUACAUCGCAUCUGUGUCGCGAAAUUGGUCAUAGGGAAUGAGCCCGGUGUUCAUCGGCCGACGGCCGAGGGCGGUCCGCUCCGGGACGGUUACGGGGUAGCUGGGCAUGUACAUGACUGGGUACAAAUCAAAGUG